CUACAAAUGUCUCACAAUGAACAUAAAGCUGCAAAGAUAAUAUCUAAGGAAGUAGAUGAUGAAAGAAGACUACAUAUUUGUGCAAAAAAGUAUGAAACCAUCAUCAAACAGUUUGAUGAGUUAAUGGAAAUAAUGAAUGCCGAUAACACAUUGGUGCAGCCACGCAAGAGACAAAAAAGGAGCGGUUCAAAUGCAAGCACAAGUACUUCUUCACACCAAUUGUAUCGUGAAAGUAAUGAAGUCAUAUUGCAGACAGUGACUAAGUUUUUGCAAGAACUAGGAGCUAAUCCUUCAGAUUCUGACUCUUGAAGUUAAGAUCAAGAAAGAUUACUGUCUUAGAAGCUAUACUUCAGUGUUUUGUAUAUAUGUAAGAUAGUAUUUGACAAUCAAAGCGUUCGACCGUGUUGAAAUAGUGUGUCGAAGAAAUUGUAGUUAAUAUAGUUGCAUUUUGUACUUCGUGUUUUGAAUUGUGUAUUUUACUUGUUUUGGGCAUGGACUUUAACUGCCUAUAUAAAGGCAUUGCAUGAUGUAAAUAACAAUAACUCACUCAAUACAAAUCCUAUUUUUACAAUUCAA